AUGUUUGCAAGCCGCGAACUACUCACCCGCUCUAUUGUCCCGAUCGGUCGCAACCGCGUGACACCUUCGAACCGCGGAAACUCUCUCAAAAUCAUUCUUUCUGCUCUGACUCUUCUGCUGUCCCACUUAGACAGUCAUCGCCUAGGCCGCGAGAAUACUGUUGACCAUCAACGUCCAGGAGAUUUGCUGCUAGUUGAGCGCGCUAUCAGCAGCUUGGACAUUGUGUCUCAUAAACAUGAUGAUGUUCUGUGUGCCUCUGCGGCACAAGCCUUGAAGAAAUUAAGCGCUAUUGAGGCAUCUGCUGCAGAUGGGUUGGGUUACAGGGCAUGGAGCGAGCCCAGCGAGGUGAUGGAAAUGGAGUGCACUGUUCGAGAAGAAGCAGGCAACAUCGAAAUGGAGUUUCCAUAUAUGGGAACUGUUCAUAUUCUGCGACAAGAUUCUCAACAAGGGGCACCGAGCAAUAUUAUCGGAUCCCGCACAGGAGCAGAGACAGGGAAUUUGGAUGGUAGUCUUCUGGCUUCUUCUUGGGCAUGGGAUGAUUCUCCAUUGUCCUUGUUGCCUGAGCUGGCCUCUACUGCCUCGAGUGUCGACGACGCACACGACGCAUUCCACAGUAUGCUGUCCUCUACUCAUGGCAUGCAAGAGACGUGGAGUCUCCAAAGCGGCAAUCUCAAGUGUAUAGACGAGAUUCCAGAACCGCAACGAUUUUUACAAGACCUGGAUUUCAGGGAUGGGAUUUGA